AUGGUCUCUUUCCUCCGAAAUCCCCCAGAUGGAUGCUCCCUCAUCGCUCGCAUCGAAGUGAACACCUUGAAGUUCUUCAUCAGGCCGCUAGAUGGAGAUGAGUCAUCACUCGCCGUGACCCGACGCAUCCGCCAGCUCAACGUCGACGGACUGCCGACCGGCAUCACAGACCUCCCUCGUCGAAGGGUAAAGGUCGAUGCGAAGAACGGAGACUACAUUGCGGGGCUGGAACGGUCUUUCCCGCUCAAGGUCCGAAGCUCUCCUGCUGCCGUCGACGUCGUCGAAAGUGGACCGACAGACAGACUGACAGACAGGCUCGCCCAAGGAGCGAAGAAGCCCUCGUCGACCGAGAUUGCAGCAGUGCAUGUUUGCGGCUGCUUCUCUUCUGGGGUGCUCGUGGAGAUGUGCACCAUCCCCCAGAACCAGGAUAUCUGUCUGCCGAAUGCCCUCUAUGGGCGUGCCGUCUUGUCUUCUGCAGCCACCAUGUCUCCUGAAACAAUGAAGUUCCAGGUGCUGCUGGAGGACAAUGAUACGAGGCACACCUCAGAGCAGGCCACCAACUGGAGAGUCGAGAAUGGGAUCUCUUAUAGACUGGUCGUCGCAAUCCCCGACCUCUUUCCCAUAGAAAAAGUGUGGACCUUCGUGAAGUUCUGGGGUGCUGAUGCUCUACUUGGAACAACCAGUAGCUUAGAAGUAGGGAGGGGUGGGAUCUGA